AUGCUGCAUUUACCGCACAGACUCGAGGGAAGGCAUUCUGAGUCUUCCAUUGACCGUGCUGAAUUUCGCCCUCUUUCUCUUCCCCUUCGUCUUGGAGCCGCUAUUGACACGCGACGGUAUUUGCAUCAGUCUAGAUCCUCUCGCCGUCCCCGCCAUUGCUACUGUUUGCAUCUGGGUCAUGUUCCAGCUCCCGGCAGCAAAUCUACCCCUAUUGGGAGGCGAAUUCAUGCCUGGCAGGGCAACACAUGGACCGCUCCAUUGCAACGCGAGACAGGCACCAUAUCCGCUGUCUCUUUGGUCACUGGUGUCUGGACUUUGGAGCUCUCUUCUGAAGCUCUUACCAGGUACCCGUACCUUUCGGCACCGACAUACCUCGACGGGGUUAGGAGUACCGAGACUUUGAACCGUAUCUCUUCGCCCCAUGCCUCCCCCUCAGCCCUCCGUUUCUCAAGCACUCUGGCACUUUGCGGCUUGCCUCCUCGUGCUUCACUACCGCCUGGCUCAUGCUGA